CUUUAGGUUAAAAUGGGGAACUCUGAGAGUCAGUACACCUUCCAAGGAUCCAAGAAUCAUAGCAAUACUGUGGCCAGUGCUAAACAAAAGCCUUGCUCUCUGAAAAUACGCAGCAUUCAUGCAAAAGAUGAGAAGUCUUUGCAUGGAUGGACUCAUGGGAAUAGCGGAGCAGGCUACAAGUCCAGGUCCCUAGCCCGAAGCUGCCUUUCUCACUUUAAGAGUCACCAGCCUUAUGCCACCAGACUCAGUGGACCCACGUGCAAAGUCUCAAAGGGUACUGCCUACUCUAAGCACAGAGCAAAUGCCCCAGGAAAUGAUUUCCAGGGCAACAGUGGUGCUUUUUUACCUGGGAAUGGCUGCCACUAUGUUGGCCACGAGUCAGGGGAGAGCCAUAUGACUGCCAGGGACUGCAAUGGACACCUCACUUGCUACCGGAGAAGUGAGAGCAUCAGCUCCACCCCACCAGCCCAGGACCGCAGGAGCCCCAGAGUGCUCAUCAAGACACUGGGAAAGCUAGACGGGUGCUUAAGAGUUGAGUUCCAUAGCGGUGGCAACCCGCACAAAGGGCCCUCAGAGGACCCCAGUGGACCUGUACAGCUGCUGAGAUACUCGCCUACGUUGGCAUCGGAAACCUGCCUGGUGCCAGAAGCGAGGCGGGAUUCGGGUGCAGACUCCCCCGGCAGCCGGCGCCCGUCUAACCUGCGCUCCAGCAAAGGCAGCUCCCUGAGCUCCGAGUCAUCCUGGUAUGACUCCCCAUGGGGCAACGCUGGGGAGAUGAGUGAGGUAGAGGGUUCCUUCCUGGCUCCCAGCACCCCGGACCCAAGCCUCCCCACCAGCUUCCCACCCAGUGACACCAGAAAACCUUUCAACCAAAGCUCUUCCCUCUCCUCCCUCCGGGAACCAUACAAAGACGCCAACCUGGAAUGCCGCUCUCCCUCUGGAACCUGCCGUUCUUCCGAUGAGUACAUCGGCUCCCACGUCAGCCUGAGCAACCGUGUCUCAUUUGUCUCUGAUGUGGAUGCGCCCUCCAGGGUGGAGCACAGGGAUCCCAUGCACUAUAGUUCCUUCACUCUCCCCUGUCGCAAGUCCAAAGCCUUAACUGAGGAUGCUGCAAAGAAAGACACCCUCAAAGCAAGAAUGCGGCGCAUCAGUGACUGGACAGGAAGCCUCUCUAGGAAGAAGAGGAAACUUCAGGAACCGAGGUCCAAGGAGGGCAGUGACUACUUCGACAGCCGCUCAGAGGGACUGAAUGCAGACGCGCAUGCGUCCAUGCAAACAUCUGCCUUACUGUGGUCAGGGGGCUCGGCCCAGACCCUGCCUCAGAGAAGCGAAUCCACCCAUGUGAUUGGCAGCGACCCCCUCCAACAGAACAUUUACGAGAAUUUCAUGCGGGAGCUGGAAAUGAGCAGGACCAACACGGAACGCGUGGAGACGCCCACAGAAACCGUGGAGUCCAGCAGCGAGUCCCUCAGCUCCCUGGAGCAGCUGGACCUGCUCUUUGAGAAGGAGCAGGGAAUGGUCCGGAAAGCCGGGUGGCUCUUUUUCAAGCCCCUGGUCACUUUGCAGAAGGAGAGGAAGCUGGAGUUGGUGGCUCGCAGGAAGUGGAGACAGUACUGGGUGACGCUGAAAGGCUGUACUCUGCUGUUUUAUGAGACUUACGGAAAGAAUUCCACGGACCAGAAUAGUGCCCCACGGUGUGCCCUCUUUGCGGAGGACAGCAUUGUGCAGUCUGUCCCAGAGCACCCCAAGAAGGAGCACGUGUUCUGCCUGAGCAACUCGUGUGGGGACGUCUACCUUUUCCAGGCCACUAGCCAGACAGAUCUGGAAAACUGGGUUACCGCCAUACACUCGGCAUGCGCGUCCCUUUUUGCAAAGAAGCAUGGGAAAGAGGACACGGUGAGGCUGCUAAAGAGCCAGACCAGAAGCCUGCUUCAGAAGAUCGACAUGGACAGCAAGAUGAAAAAGAUGGCAGAGCUACAGCUGUGUGUGGUCAGCGACCCCAAGAACAGGAAGGCCAUCGAGAACCAGAUCCAGCAAUGGGAGCAGAAUCUGGAAAAAUUCCACAUGGACCUGUUCCGCAUGCGUUGCUAUUUGGCGAGCUUACAAGGUGGGGAGUUACCGAACCCCAAGAGUCUCCUUGCCGCCACCAGCCGCCCAUCCAAGCUGGCUCUUGGCAGGCUGGGCGUCCUGUCUGUUUCAUCUUUCCACGCUCUGGUGUGCUCUAGAGAUGACUCCGCCCUCAGGAAGAGAACACUCUCCCUUUCCCAGAGAGCAAAAAGCAAGAAAGGCAUAUUUUCUUCAUUGAAAGGGCUGGACACCCUGGCAAGAAAAGGGAAGGAGAAGAGGGCUUCCAUAACUCAGAUGUUUGAUUCGAACAGCAGCCAUGGAUUUCCUGGGACUCAGCUACCUCAAAACUCCACUAACUCCAGUGAGGUCCACGAUCGGCAUCCUUACGACCCCGCAGUAGACAACGCCCUCAGAGACAACACGUGGGAAACCCAGACUUACGUUCACUUCCCGGACAAUGAGGGAGUUACUGUGGUCGUGAAGCCUGAGCACAGAGUGGAAGACGUGCUCACAUUGGCGUGCAAGAUGAGACAGUUGGAGCCCACUCACUACGGUCUUCAGCUUCGGCAAGUGGUUGACGAGAGCAUCGAGUGGCAUGUGCCCGCCCCAUAUGAAUACAUGCUGGAGCAGGUCUAUGACGAAAUUGAAGUUUUCCCACUCAAUGUAUAUGAUGUGCAGCUAACCAAGACUGGGGACGCAACUGACUUCGGGUUUGCAGUCACAGCUCAGGUGGAUGAACUCCAGCAUCUCAGCCGGAUAUUUAUAAGCGACGUUCUCCCCGACAGUCUGGCGUAUGGAGGAGGGCUGAGAAAGGGCAACGAAAUCAUGACCUUAAAUGGGGAAGCGGUGUCUGACCUUGACAUCAGGCAGAUGGAGGCCUUGUUUUCUGAGAAGAGUGUUGGACUUACACUGAUUGCCCGGCCUACAGACACACGGACAACCCUGUGCACUUCCUGGUCAGACAGUGACCUGUCCUCCAGGGACCGGAGACAUCUGCCACCCUCUCCCAACCAGUCCCAGCUGCUGGAGGAAUUCCUGAAUAACUUGAAAAAAACCUCCACGAAUGACUUCAGCAAUGUCCCUGACAUCGCAACUGGCCUGAAAAGGAGUCAGACAGAUGGCACUCUGGAUCAGAUGCCCCACAGGGAGAAGACGGAGCAGACAUUUCGGAGUGCUGAACAGAUCACUGAGCUCUGCAGGGGCUUGAACAGCACCCACGCCAGCAGCAUGGAUGCCCCAACGGAGAGAGAGGACCCACCUUCCAGGCCUCUGGCUCGCCACCUCUCAGACGCAGACCGCCUCCGAAAAGUCAUCCAGGAGCUUGUAGACACGGAGAAGUCUUAUGUGAAGGAUCUGAGCUGCCUCUUUGAAUCAUACUUGGAGCCACUCCAGAACGAGACCUUUCUUACCCAAGACGAGAUGGAGUCAUUAUUCGGGAGCUUGCCGGAGAUGCUGGAGUUUCAGAAGGUGUUCCUGGAGACGCUGGAGGACGGGAUCUCCGCUGCCUCGGACUUCAGUGUCCUGGAAACCCCCUCCCAGUUCCGAAAAUUGCUCUUUUCCCUUGGAGGCUCAUUCCUCUAUUAUGCGGACCACUUUAAGCUGUACAGUGGAUUCUGUGCCAACCACAUAAAAGUGCAGAAGGUUCUAGAGCGAGCUAAAACCGACAAGGCCUUCAAGGCUUUCCUGGACGCCCGGAAUCCCACCAAGCAGCAUUCCUCCACGCUGGAGUCUUACCUCAUUAAGCCCGUUCAGAGAGUGCUCAAGUACCCCCUGCUCCUCAAGGAGCUUGUGUCCCUGACAGACCAUGAGAGUGAGGAACACUAUCACCUCACAGAAGCACUAAAGGCCAUGGAAAAAGUAGCCAGCCACAUCAACGAGAUGCAGAAGAUCUAUGAGGACUACGGCACAGUGUUCGACCAGCUCGUGGCGGAGCAGAGUGGCACAGAGAAGGAGGUGACAGAGCUGUCCAUGGGGGAACUCCUGACGCACUCCACAGUGUCCUGGCUGAACCCGUUCCUCUCUCUAGGAAAAGCCAGGAAGGACAUCGAGCUCACAGUAUUUGUUUUUAAGAGAGCUGUCAUACUGGUUUAUAAAGAAAACUGCAAACUGAAAAAGAAACCGCCUUCAAAUUCCCGACCUGCGCACAACUCUGCUGACUUGGACCCUUUUAAGUUCCGAUGGCUCAUCCCCAUAUCUGCACUUCAAGUUAGACUGGGAAACACAGCAGGGACUGAAAGUAAUUCCAUAUGGGAGCUGAUUCAUACAAAGUCAGAAAUUGAAGGGCGGCCGGAAACCAUCUUUCAGCUGUGUUGCAGUGACAGUGAGAGCAAAACUAGUAUUGUUAAAGUGAUUCGUUCCAUCCUGAGAGAGAACUUCAGGCGUCAUAUAAAGUGUGAGUUACCACCGGAGAAGACAUGCAAGGAUCGUCUGGUUCCGCUCAAGAACCGAGUUCCCGUUUCAGCCAAAUUAGCCUCGUCGAGGUCUUUGAAGGUCCUCAGGACAUCCUCCAGCAGCGAGUGGCCCGGCGAGCCCAGCAAGGGCAACUCACUGGACUCGGAUGAGUGUAGCCUGAGCAGUGGCACCCAGAGCAGCGGCUGCCCGCUGGCUGAGAACAGGCAAGACUGUAAGGCCACCGUGCCGGAGAAAGAGCCUCAGGAGGGCCUGGCAGAGUUUCCAGAUGGUCUCAUCAAAGAAAGCGACAUUCUGAGUGAUGAAGACGAGGACCUCCACCUCCCCCUGAAACAGGGCAGCCCGACUAAGGACAUCGAGCUUCAGUUCCAGAGGCUAAGGAUCUCUGAGGGGUCUGACACGCACCCCGCUGGGGAGCAGCCUACCACAGGGCCAGGCGUGCAGCCCAGGCUGGUCAGGGGUCACUUUUGCCCCAUUAAACGCAAAGCGAACAGCACCAAGAGGGGCAGAGAAACCUUGCUCAAGGCGCAGACUCGUCACCAGUCCCUUGACAGCCACCCCGAGACUGCCAGCAUUGAUCUCAAUUUGGUUCUGGAGCGGGAAUUCAGUGUACAGAGCUUAACUUCGGUCGUUAAUGAGGAGUGUUUUUACGGAGCCCAGAGCCACGGCAAGUCAUAGCAGGAGUGGUACGGGGGACGCACGACACGCCCAUUUGAUUUUAAACUGGUGGGACAACCUGCAGGAAAACCAUCCGUGUCUGGGUUUUGUGCAGUUUAUAUUCUUUCACAAAACUUGUAAAGAUUUAAGUUAUUUUAAUUUAUUGUGGAUCAGAAAACUAGAGAUUUAAGCUGGUUAGGACCUGUAAAUUACAUAGUUUUGAGCAGAAAUGUAAUGAUUUAGUCUUGUAAUAAAAUCGAAUUCUAAUUACUUUAAGUUAUGUGGGAAAAGCGAGGUUGGGAAAGUUGUGAUUAAUAGCGUUUAAAAGGCUCCCUCCUUCAAUCCUCUGGGCAUUUUCUUUGAGCUGUUAACUUUUUGCUUUAUUUAAAGCACAUCUAAGUUAUUUUUAUGUGGUUUAGGGACACAAUGUGCAGACAAUUCAUUUUUGAAGGUUGUAAUAAAUGCUGUUUAUACUAAACAUGUCGUAUCUAUAUAUUAAAGGAAAGCUUGUACUGUA